AUAAGUAUAGAUUUAACUGCGUUCUGUCUAUUGUUUGUUUAACUUAACGAUCACCAUGGGGAAGUCGUAUAAUAACUACAUGUGUAAGAAGGAUUUCCAUCCUUCAUCAAGAGACAACAUUAAGAGGGUGUGGAUGAGACAACAGAAGCUGGAGCAUGAUCAGAAGAGGCAGGAAGAGAUGAUGGAGCAAUAUAGAAAGGAGCAAGAUAUGCAUGAGACAAGAGUUCUUAUGGGGGAUAGUAAAGCAAAGGUCGGACUUAGUUUCAUGUACGAUGCACCUCCUGGGUUAAAAGCUAAAGAAAAGGAAGAAGGUGAAAAGGAUUACAAGUUUGAAUGGCAGAGAAAUGCACCAAGAGAAUCAUGGAUGAAAGGAGAUAAAGCAUCACUACAGGAUCAGCCUUUUGGAGUUUGCGUUCGAAAUGUGAGGUGCAUUAAAUGCCAUCAAUGGGGUCAUAUUAACACUGACAGAGACUGCCCGCUGUAUAAUAAAACCUCUUCUUUUGAUCCAAGUGUGAGUGUCAAAACUAGCAACCAUAAGGGUGAGACAUCUGACACACUUUCGCUCAAGCCUCAUGUUAUGAAAGCAAAGGUGAAUGAAAAAUUGGCGAAUCAACAAAUUAUUAAAGAUGAGAGCGAAGAUUCUGAAGUUGCUUUCCUAAAGAAUCUUACCGAUAAACAGAAGAAAAAACUUCUACGACGUUUGAACAGACUGGAUGAUGAUGGCAAGAAAAAAAGUAAAAGUGAUAAGUCAAAAAAGAAGAAACAUAAGAAAAGAAAAGAUUAAAAGAACGAGUUAAACAAAACAGUGUCAAUAAUGAUGUGACAGACUUUCAAACAAAAUCAAACGCUUCAGUGUCUAGAUAAUAUUUUAGUUACCACAACUGAUAUAGAAAACCUAAGUGAUAGUACAAGGAAUACUGCUUUCACGAGCAGUAGAGGUGUAAAAAGUUGCUUUUUAACCAAAUAUUAAGUUGUGAUUUGAUUUUAUAAAAAUUACAAAUAGUAUAGCAUCCAGAAAAAAAAGAAAAAUUUACUACUGAUUUUUAAUGUAAAAAUGUACAAUCCCAUGCCCAGUAUAUUAUGAUAAUGUGUGAAAGUUAAAACUUGUGUAGGAUACUUGGUGGUAAUAUUCAAUACAGACACUAAUAUUGAUUUCCAAUACUUUGGUCGAUCUUCUGUUACGAAAGUUAUUAGUAUCUGUCAUGUUAGAAGUGGCUUUAAAGCAGUUUUACUUUUUAUAAUUAGUCUUUGCCUGUUUUUUUUUAUAUGGUACAUGAAUAAUUUAUGUAUUUGUGAAACAGGGACAUGAUAUUUUGAAAGGAUAAAAUUCGAUCAGUUUUUGUUUUGUUUUUAAUGUGUAAAGCGCCAUGUCUGGUCGUAUUAAAUAAGCUUAAAAUCUUUUUGUUUUUGUUAAUUAUUGGCAGUAGUCAGUAACACUUUACUUCGUUUUAUUGAAACACUUGUCCGUUUAAAAACUAUUAAAUUAAACAUUAUGUUUUUCAUGUAGA